CGCUUUUGAGUCGAGUUGUACAUACUUGUCUUGUUGGUCGUCAGCGGGCUACGGCUACGCCAACAAAGAAAGCCAAAAUCAACCUAAUCUACGCCAGUCUACGCAUUUUGAGAUUUCUCUGGUUGUCCUUAAGCAUAAUUAUUGAGCAGAUAAUCUCCUGGGCUCUGGAACUGAGCCAGAGGCUAAGAGACCGCAACCCACCACCAUCGCCAGUGACGGACGCCAGUCUGCUCUAGCUAGAGCAUACCCAUUCAAUAAAAAACUGCAGCCAGAUCAAGAAAAUCAACAUCCUGGACCAACCAGGAUUCGGCAAAGUGAUACGUAAAGACAAGCCGAAGCAAUCAAGAGGAGCUUCGUGCCCUUAGGAGAAUCGGGCCGCUCGUUUUCUGGCUGCUUCCAAUUUGACGACUGCUUCCGUGUUUCAUUUCCCAAAUGGUCUUUUGGUGAUUUGAUUGCUAUUGAUGCUUAUAACAGUCCAGGCAGGAUGAUUGACAAAGAGUGGGCUGCAGAGGCGAUCAAAAAUAUCGAGGAGCAGUUUCAGAAAAUUGACUGCAAAACCGAAUGGGCUAGUUUUUAUCAGCGUAUCCGCAAUGAAAGCAACAACUAUGAGUACACCUUUGAGGAAGCCAAAAAGCGUGAAAAUAAGAGCUUGAACCGAUACCGGGAUGUCAACCCUUAUGAUCACAGCCGAGUAGUGCUUGUGAAAGGCACCUCUGAUCAGGAUAAGCAACGCUCUGAUUAUAUCAAUGCCAGUCUGAUUCAAAUGCCAAAUGCUCACCGACGGUACAUCUUGGCCCAAGGGCCUCUACCGCACACAACGGAUCACUUUUGGUUGAUGAUCUGGGAGCAAAACUGCAAGGCUGUUGUCAUGCUUAAUAGAGUUAUUGAAAAAAAUCAGAUCAAGUGUCACCAAUAUUGGCCUCUGGGGCAUUUGGAAAACAAGGAGAUGCAUUUCCCUGAUGUGAAUUUGAAAGUAGAAAAUGUGACUGAAACGCAAAUGGAUUAUUAUACAACAAGAAUUUUCAAAUUAACCAACUUGGACACUGGCAUAAGUCGUGAAGUGCACCACUUUCAUUAUACCACCUGGCCUGAUUUCGGAGUGCCGCAGAGUCCACUAGCAUUUCUCCAUUUUCUCAUGGUGGUUAGACGAAGUGGGGCAUUAGAUGAAAAUGUUGGGCCUCCUGUCGUGCAUUGCUCGGCUGGAAUUGGCAGAUCUGGAACUUUUUGCCUUGUAGAUUUGUGCCUUCUUUUGAUGGAAGGAGGUGAAAAAGAAGUAAAUGUCCGGGACGUCCUAAUGGAAAUGCGCAAGCACCGAAUGGGUCUCAUCCAAACAAUGGACCAACUCCGAUUCUCAUACUUGGCCAUACUCGAAGGCGCUAAAAGACUACUGAUUCGAGAUCCAACUCUGUCUGAGUUGGAGAUUUUUAGAGUCGAGGAUGCCGAGGAGGAAGAUGAAGACACCCCUCCGCCAAAGCCUCCUCCAAGAGGGGAAUCUCUCAGACAUAACAUUAAUAACCUGGUUCCUGGAGAUGCGCCGAGACCACAAAUUCUUCCAGAACUGCCUCCUGACAUGCCUUUACCACACGAGCCGCAGAAUAAUUCUAACCAGUUCAGUGACGAAGAACCCAACAGGCAAGGGAGUGUACUUCGUCGUCGACGAAGACAGGAGCGUUUGGCUGAGCAGGUCAGGGAAAUAAAACGCAAACGGCAGGAAGCAGAGUCGUGGCAGGAGCUGAAGAAAUCUAUUUUGCAACCCCUGAGGCUAGGGGUGGGAGUUUUGCUCUUUGGGGGAGGUGCAUACCUCUACUACAGAUUGUUUGCCACAAGUUAAACAGGUCCAAUUAUUGUCAGAUCGAAUGAAUUGCAUCUCGUUGCACCUAUUUUCAAGGCACAUAUGUAAAUAUAUAAUUAUUAUAAUAAAAUUGGGCAAAAAUAAACUAAUAUAAUAUGAAUAACCUUUUUAGUUCUAGGCCAAAUUCUAGUUAUGGGUUGAUGACUCACUAUUUUAAUUUGGCUAGUUUAUUUUAUUACACUGCAGUGUACCAAGAAAAUUUAGUUUUAAAAACAGUUCAGUUGAUUUAUAAGCGGAAGUGUAAAAUCAAAAUACAUUCCAAUAAUUUUAAAACUGUCUCAAUACAACAUGCUAAAACUUGGUAAAAGUUUUGAACUGUGACAAAGCGGGUCAGUUAGUGACGUGACCUUAGUUACCAGGUGCCGGAGGUAUCUUUGGGCUCACUAAUAAUUUACACCAUGUUUAAAUUAAAAAUCACAAAUUAGCCACUUCAAAAUCAAAUUCAACAUAAUAUUUUUUUUUUAUUGAAAACAUCAGGAAAAAUAAUUACUAUCCUGUUAAUUUCAAAUGUUGGGGCCACUUCCAGUGACUUCAACAAACAGUUAUGAGUAAAUGAAUUAACAAUAUCAUAAAGAAUAAUAAUGAAAACAAUACACAAGUUUAGUAUUAAAAAUUCCUUUUCUUAUUCUGCCAAAUUUGUAAUUUUAAUUAUAAAACGGUAAUUAUAAUAAAUAUUAAUAAUAAUUUGCAAGCGAGCAAGGCUUUAAAUUUCUGUUUUUGAUGCAACAAAGUAUAAUUGCUUAAUAUUUUGUUGGGUUUUGAAGUGGCUAAUUGACUGUUUUUCUUUUUUAAAGAAAAUAUAUUGAAAUAUUGAUAUAUAGAAUGAAACAUAUGAGAACUUAAACAUGUGACUUACAUUUGCAAGCUCACCGCAGAUUUGCACUUUAGAAAUUGAUGUUUUUUAUGCAAAAUCUGACUGCCUUCCCAUUGGGAUAUGUUUACCUGAAGGUGGCGAGUAUUGGUGUUUUCUAAUUAUACAGAGAAAAUAAAAAAAGAAAAAUGUUUAAACAAUCGACCUAUUUUACUUUAAUUUGCCAGAUUUAGAUCUACCGACCGUCCGGCGGCGGCGGCGUGGUAGACCAUUAUGAUUAAAUGGAUCUUAAGAUCGAGAUCAUCGUUGACUUCACUUUCAGUUCUAUCUGAAAUUAUAGGCGCUUUGUCUCUUCAUUGUUAGACGAGAUAGAGUUUCUAAUUUUUAAGCUGAUAUUUUGAGGCCAUUUCUGCGUUCAUGUUUUACCCUAUAGGUUUGCGCCAUUAUAUAUAAUAUUCCACUUUGAGAUUUCAGAUUCCGGAAGGCAAGCUCCUUUUUAAUUUUUUUUCUGCUUUUAUUUAUCCAGCCAUCAUCAUUAUUUUUUCACAAUCUUGAGU